CAACAGUAACCAGAAAUUGUUGAAUAAACCAUACCAUAAUAUCUCUCCUUUGGCCACUAUUACUGAUCUGUUGUUAACUCUCCAAUGGAAACACUACUUUCUUCUCACUCCCUUUCCCCUCUCUUCAACCCAAAACCUUCCUCACCCAAAACCCAUUUCCCCCUACCACUUCAACCAAGACCUCACUCACUUUCUCUCACUAAACCCAUCACUUGCAGCCUCAAGAACCAGACUCCACAAUCUCUUAAACCAUUUUUGCCAAUACCCACAAGCUGGGUUUCUCAUGCCCAACAAGGCCUGGCAGCUCUAGCUCUUUCUUUGGCACUCAACUUUAGCCCAAUCUUGUACACUGGCAAUGCACUAGCAUCAGAAUUUGAUGUUAUUAAUGAAGGUCCACCAAAGGAUUCUUAUGUUGUUGAUGAUGCUGGUGUGCUUAGUCGAGUAACCAAAACUGAUCUAAAGCAGCUAUUAUCAGACUUGGAGUCUAGGAAGAAUGUCAAGAUCAAUUUCAUCACUGUUAGAAAGCUUACUAGCAAAGCUGAUGCUUUUGAGUUUGCUGAUCAAAUUCUGGAGAAAUGGUAUCCUACUGUAGAAGAGGGCAAUAAUAAGGGAAUUGUUGUGCUAGUGACCAGCCAAAAGGAAGGAGCAGUAACAGGAGGCCCUGGAUUUGUCCAAGCAGUUGGAGAGACUGUUCUUGAUUCCACUGUCUCAGAGAACCUUCCUGUAUUGGCUACAGAGGAGAAGUACAAUGAAGCUGUGGUUAGCAGUGCAAAGAGGCUAGUAGCUGCCAUUGAUGGGCUUCCAGAUCCUGGUGGCCCCAAGUUCAAGGACAAUAAGAGAGAAUCCAAUUUCAAAACCAGGGAAGAGACAGAAGAGAAGAGGGGACAAUUCGCUCUAGUGGUUGGAGGACUUUUGGUGAUUGCUUUUGUGGUUCCAAUGGCACAAUACUACGCUUAUGUAUCCAAGAAAUAGGUAAUACUCAUUUUGCAAGACUUGCCCCUCAAAUUAUUUCCUUAAAGAGUUUCAGAUUUCUGAAACUUGGUGAUUUACAGUUGUACAAAAGUUAAUCUUGAACUGGUCAAUGGGAACCUUGCAAUCAGAGGAUAAGAACAAAUUUUCUGUUUAUGUUCA